CGAGGGCGGGGUACAUGACGCCAUCGUCCUCGGACUAGAGAAAGACGCCAUUUUGUUUUUAGCGGUAAGGAGGAGAACCGGAAAAUUGUAGCGAAACUGCAUCAAAAGAUCAGCCACCAUGGGGAACAUGUUUGCAGGCCUCUUUAAGAAUCUCUUUGGAAAGAAAGAGAUGAGAAUUCUGAUGGUGGGCUUGGAUGCUGCUGGAAAGACCACUAUCCUGUACAAACUGAAACUUGGAGAGAUAGUCACUACCAUCCCCACUAUUGGUUUUAAUGUUGAGACGGUAGAGUAUAAGAACAUCAGUUUCACAGUGUGGGACGUGGGCGGUCAGGAUAAGAUCCGGCCGCUCUGGAGGCACUAUUUCCAGAACACACAGGGCCUGAUUUUUGUGGUGGACAGUAAUGACAGAGAGCGAGUUAAUGAGGCAAGGGAAGAGUUGACGAGGAUGCUGGCGGAGGAUGAGUUGAGAGACGCUGUUCUGCUUGUCUUUGCCAACAAACAGGACCUGCCCAAUGCAAUGAACGCAGCAGAGAUCACAGAUAAACUGGGCCUUCAUUCUCUGCGUCACCGUAACUGGUACAUCCAGGCCACCUGCGCCACCAGCGGAGACGGCCUGUACGAAGGGCUCGACUGGCUCUCCAACCAGCUCAAAAACGCUAAAUGAUCCAUUCCACCCUCGUCUUUUGUCAGCGCUGUGUGUGUAUGAGUGUGUGUAAAGGGUGACAGCACUGGUUUCAGUCUCACCCGGUUGCCCAGUUUAUUCAUUUAUUUUCCUUGUCUAGUCUUGUGUACGUCUGAGCCUCUGCCCAGUGCUGUCUGAUACACGCAUGAGUGUGUGUGUGUGUUUUGAGUGUGGGAGCAGCCUUGCUGUGCCUUUCAAAAUAGACACUCGGCGUACAGCACGGUUCUCUCUUUCUCUCUCCUCUCCCUCCUGAUCCCCAUGGUUUUCUGCACGCAAAGAAUGACCCAGGAUGUUAAAUAUUUCUGUUACCUAAUACACUGAAAUAAGACUAUAGGCCUAUGAGACUAUAUUCCCAAUGUUUAAAGAAAUCACGCAUGACUUAAAUGUUACAAGGUGUGAGUUGCCAUUUUUGACCGACCCCACCCACCCCCACAUUUGAUAAAACUCAUUGUAACCUGCAUCAGGUUGGGAAAAAAAGAAACAGACAAUAAAGUGAAAUUUGCCAUCCAUUCUUCUUCGCGUUCUUUGAAAAUCAUGCUAAAGCUUUCAGGUAUGUCACAUGAAGCUUUUACAAAGAUAGUGUCCAUGUGCUCACUUUUCCUGCUGCUCUCCUCCGUCAAGCGCAUUAAAGCACAAGUGUGUGAAACCGUUAGUUUACAUGGAGUCAGUGUGUAAAAUGGCUCGUAUGUUGGGAAGACGUCUAUGUGUGUCUGCUCGCGUUGAGUUUCACAGUGAUAUAGUCUAACUCCCUGAAAGAUGGGGAAAUGCUGUAGUUUGAUCAUAAAAUUGGAUCUCGGGCACUAACAGCCUUACAUGUGUUUUGAAUGCCAUGUAAGAGGUGAUAGCAGAGAUGAUGUGUGUGAGUUUGGGAUUGUGAGGGAGUGAGCGCCCUCUGCAGGAGCAGUGAGGCCUUUGAGAGCUGCUCCCACUCAAAUGAUUCUUUUAGCUCUUUUUCUUUUAUCGUGAUUUAUUAUUUUUGGUUAUUAUGGUUGAGGUUUCCUGCAUUCAGUUUAAAUCUCAUACAUGUUCUGGUGAGGCCAUCAAGGGCUUUUAGGGAGACAUGCAUUUUCCAAAUUGUAAUCUAAAGUUUAACAUGUCUAAUAGAUAAAUAACCACAAGCUGAACAUCAAAGCACAUUUGUCUGGUUAAUGUUUUCUUUCAUUUAAAUAACACACAUUAUUCAUGUUGUGUCCUACCCAAGGGUAACUUCAUGCAAUUCUAUUAACUUAUAGUAUGAGUGGGCAAAUGUCUUGUGUUCCCUUUCUUCCAUGUUUCAUAUUUCGUUUUUUCUCCUAAUGUUUCCCUGUCAUCUGUUGAUGGCUGCUUUAUCUGAUGCACCAGUCUGUUUUGAAACAAUGUCUUUGAUAGUAACAAGCACCAGCAGAAAGGCUGAGGUAACUAAAAGCGUGUAUGCACAUCUGCAUACCCAAAACUGACAGACACAUUUUACUCUCCUUCAUAUUCCAAAGGCAACUGCAGUGUUGAAUACAGCAUUGAACAUACAUGCUGUAAACAUCACAUUCUGGAUGAUUCUGGUAGCCCUUUACUGACCUCAUAUGGGAAUGGCUGAAUGUUUCGCCUUGUGUGAAACCUCAUGGCAACAUACAUUUUGACACCCCCUCCACUAUCACCAAAAUUCAAAUUUCAUAACUCUAAUGUUUUUUUGGCCUUUUAGUUGAUUGUUAUACAAAUCUGUGGUAGGUGAGAUUUAUUUGAAUAAGCAUCUAUGACAAGUAAUUAAAGUGUAUGAAAUGUAUUUAGCUUGCAAAUUUCAUUUAGCUGUCCUAUAUGUUCAGAUGUGAAGCUUUAAUUUCCAAAAUUCUGUAAAAUAAUAAUAUGAAAGGAACGUGUGCAUAUGUUUGUUUUCUUUUACUUAAAAUGGUUUUGUUUUUAGCUUUUUUUAAACCCAUCUUGUAACAACUGAUAAAUGCACUAUAAUAAAGAGAUCUCUAUUACGAUGGA